AUGGCUGAGAAGGGGAUUGACCCAACCUGCGUCUCCAUCGCCUUGGAGGACUCCGUGUGCAAUGCUGGCUCCCAGGACGCGCCUCUCCUGACCACCCACCUGAAGAAGGUGGAGAAUCACAUCACAGAGGCGCAGCGGUUCUCACACCUGCCCAAGCGUUCGGCCGUGGACAUCGAGUUCGUUGACCUGUCCUACUCCGUCCGUGAGGGCUCCUGGUGGAGAAAGAGAGGGUACAAGACCCUCCUGAAAUGCCUGUCCGGGAAAUUCUGCCGGCGCGAGCUCAUCGGGAUAAUGGGCCCCUCGGGCGCUGGGAAAUCCACGCUCAUGAACAUCCUGGCUGGUUACAGGGAGACGGGGAUGAAGGGCCAGAUCCUGGUGAACGGCCGGCUGCGGGACCUGCGCACCUUCCGCAAGAUGUCCUGUUACAUCAUGCAGGACGACAUGCUGCUGCCGCACCUGACCGUGCUGGAGGCCAUGAUGGUCUCUGCUAACCUGAAGCUGAAUGAGAAGCAGGAGGUGAAGAAGGAGCUGGUGCAGGAGAUCCUGACGGCGCUGGGGCUGCUGGAGUGCUCCUACACCCGCACCAUGUCGCUGUCCGGGGGGCAGCGCAAGCGCCUCGCCAUCGCCCUGGAGCUGGUCAACAACCCCCCCGUCAUGUUCUUCGACGAGCCAACCAGUGGCCUGGACAGCGCCUCCUGCUUCCAAGUCGUCUCUCUGAUGAGGUCCCUGGCCCAGGGAGGCCGCACUAUCAUCUGCACCAUUCACCAGCCCAGUGCCAAGCUCUUCGAAAUGUUCGACAAGCUGUACAUCCUGAGCCAGGGCCAGUGCAUCUUCAAAGGGGUGGUGCCCAACCUCAUCCCCUACCUGAAAGGGCUGGGUCUGCAUUGCCCCACCUACCACAACCCGGCUGACUUCAUUAUCGAAGUGGCCUCAGGCGAGUAUGGAGACCUCAACCCAUUGCUGUUCCGUGCCGUCCAGAACGGGCUGUGCACCAUGGCCGAGAAGAAGAGCAGCCCGGAGAAGACAGACUCCUCCUGCCCAGUCCCCUGCGUGACGGACGUGGAUCAUAUUGAGAGCCACACGUUUGCCACCAGCACCAUGACCCAGUUCUGCAUCCUCUUCAAGAGAACGUUCCUGUCCAUCAUGAGAGACACGGUCCUGACCCACCUGCGGUUCAUGUCCCACAUCUGCAUCGGGGUGCUCAUCGGGCUGCUCUACCUGCACAUCGGCAACGACGCCGGCAAGGUCUUCAACAACACCGGCUUCCUCUUCUUCUCCAUGCUUUUCCUCAUGUUCGCCGCCCUGAUGCCCACUGUCCUCACAUUCCCUCUGGAGAUGUCUGUGUUCCUGAGAGAGCACCUGAACUACUGGUACAGCCUAAAGGCCUAUUACCUGGCCAAGACCAUGGCAGACGUGCCCUUCCAGGUGAUCUGCCCCAUAGCCUACUGCAGCAUCGUGUACUGGAUGACAGGCCAGCCCCCGGAGGCCACCCGCUUCCUCCUCUUCUCCGCCCUCGCCACCUCCACCGCCCUGGUGGCACAGUCUCUGGGGCUUCUGAUCGGAGCAGCUUCCACCUCCUUGCAGGUGGCCACGUUCGUGGGACCGGUCACUGCUAUCCCCGUCCUGCUCUUCUCCGGCUUCUUCGUCAGCUUCAAGACCAUCCCCACGUACCUGCAGUGGACCUCGUAUGUCUCCUACGUCAGGUAUGGCUUCGAGGGCGUCAUCCUCGCCAUCUACGCCAUGGAGCGUGAGGACCUGGAGUGCCGGGAGACUCCCUGUCCCUUCCAGAAUCCCAUCAGGAUCCUCCAGGAGCUGGACGUGGAAGAGGCCAAACUCUACCUGGACUUCAUCAUCCUGGGCAUCUUCUUCCUCGUUCUGCGGCUCCUGGCCUACCUGGUCCUCAGGUACAAGGUGAAGUCUGAGAGAUAA